AUCAUGUUAAUAUAUUAAUAUUAAUUCAAUUUGGCUUGAUUAAAACCCUAGCAAUUGCCGGGGGUCAUUCUUUAUUCGUUUUUUCAGAUGAUGAUUUUUUCUUUUGCAUACUUUUGUUUAAGUUUUUGUUUUUUUUUUCCCUUCUCUGCCCCACCCACGUGUCCCACCGCUUUCAUUAAUCAUCCCUUACCCUUAUCUAUUCUCUAAUGUGGCCAUGGGCUGUGUUGGCGCUUGGGUGAAAGCUUUUUUCUUCAUCAAAUUCCGUCAAUCUUCACUCCCCAAGCGACUUAUUCGCUCAUCAUCUCUCUUCCACACUACAUGAGCUGCGCCACAUCCCUGGUCCAACAUAACCACAGCCAGCACUUCGCGAGGACAACCUCGUCAGCCUGCACGUUAUCUUUUUAGCAUAAGUCUUGGCAUUUGAGUGGGUUCAAGUUCAACACUCUUGUAAUGUAAGUGUACAAAAAGUGACCAAAUUCAUUCUACAGUGUUAACUUCUUUUAUAUAAAUAAUGCUUACAGAAGAAAAUGAAACUAACCCAAAUAUUUCUGUCAGUUAAAGGUUAAUUCUUUAAUAAUUCGUUUGGUUAACGAAAAUGGAAAAUCAAAUUUCGGGUGAUUUGAUUUUAGUUUUAAUAAUGAACACCCCCAGCAGUGAGCUUUCUUAAGUGGAGAAAGGAAGCCAUGGAAUUUUUGGUAAAGCCAUUCCCUAUCCAAACCUACUUAAAGCCCUUCAUUUUCAUUCCCAAACAAAUUCAUGAUCUUCCAUUAGUAAAAUUAAGAGCUGGGUUUCGAAUUCCGAAACAAAAGCUAGAGUUUCCAAGAAGAAACUGUGCAAGUUUGGGUAAACAUACUAGUAUUAGUGCUAGGAAUGCUGUUAAUGAUGAUCAACUGGAAGAAUGGGAAUUGGAGUUUGUUGGAGAGCUUGACCCAUUUGGUUGUGAAGCACCCAAGAAGAGGAAAAAGCAAGAGAAAUCUAGAUUGCUCGAGGAUACUGAGGGGAUGGAUUGGUGUUUAAAGGCUAGGAAAAUGGCACUCAAAUCUAUUAAAGCUAGGGGACUAACUCUAGAAGUUGAGGAUUUAAUAACUGCCAAAAAGAAGAAAAAAGAGAACAAGAAAAGAUUCACAAACAAAGAUAAGCUUAAUAAAGAAAGCAACAAGAUUGAAGAAGAUUAUGAUUUUGAUUUUGGGGAAGAUGUUAGCUCAGAGAAUUUUGAUAACAAAAUUGAUGAUAGUAUUCAUCAACUUCGAGAGAAGGUAAGUAUGAUGGCUGGUGGGAUGUUUUUAGAGAAGAAGGAAAAGGCAAUGGAAGAGUUUGUUCAGAAGCUAGCCCAAUUCUCUGGGCCAUCUGAUCAUAAGAAAGAAGUUAAUUUGAACAAAGCUAUAAUACAAGCUCAUACUGCAGAAGAAGUCUUGGAGAUUACUGCCGAGAUGAUUAUGGCUGUUGGGAAAGGUCUGAGCCCUUCACCUCUUUCCCCUUUAAAUAUUGCCACAGCACUUCAUAGAAUUGCUAAGAAUAUGGAGAAAGUAUCAAUGACCGGUACUCGCAGGUUGGCAUUUGCUCGACAAAGAGAAAUGUCGAUGCUUAUAGGUAUUGCAAUGACAGUCCUUCCAGAAUGCUCCGCUCAAGGUAUUUCAAAUAUUUCGUGGGCACUGUCAAAGAUUGGAGGGGACCUACUUUUUUUGUCAGAAAUGGAUAGGGUUGCAGAGGUGGCCUUGACCAAGGUUAAGGAGUUCAAUUCUCAGAAUGUUGCUAAUAUUGCUGGUGCCUUUGCUACAAUGCGGCAUACUGCCCCUGCUCUUUUUGUAGAGUUAGCAAAGAGGGCGUCAGUCAUAAUUCACACUUUUCAAGAACAGGAGCUCACUCAGCUGUUGUGGGCUUUUGCUUCUCUAUAUGAGCCUGCAGACACCUUGCUUCAAGCUAUGGAUACGGUUUUCAAGCAUGCCAACCAAUUUAAAUGUUGCUUAAGUCAUGAAACCUCUAACUGUGAUGAAGAGAGCGGUGUAGAAAACAGUAGAGAUAUUACAUUUGGAGGAGUUUCAGAUCCUCCUGUGCUCACCUUAAGCAGAUAUCAGCUUGGUAAUAUAGCUUGGUCCUAUGCUGUUUUUGGACAGGUGGAUCGAAUUUUCUUUUCUCAUGCAUGGAAAACUUUGAGCAGUUUUGAGGAGCAAAGAAUUUCAGAACAGUAUAGAGGGGAUGUUAUGUUUGCUUCUCAGGUUCUUCUGGUGAAUCAGUGCUUAAAGCUUGAGUACCCACAUCUUCAUGUAUCUCUCAGGGCCGACCUUGAGGAGAAAAUUAUUCAUGCUGGAAAAACUAAGAGGUUUAAUCAAAAGACUACUUCAUCUUUUCAGAAGGAGGUUGGUCGCCUUCUUGUUAGUACUGGCCUUGAUUGGGUUAGAGAAUACUCUGUGGGUGGGUAUACUGUGGAUGCUGUUGUGAUUGAUAAAAAGGUUGCUUUGGAGAUUGAUGGACCAACACAUUUCUCAAGGAAUAGUGGAACACCUUUAGGGCAUACCAUCUUGAAAUGCCGUCUUAUUGCUGCUUCUGGUUGGAAAGUUGUAUCAUUGUCGUAUCAAGAGUGGGAGGAACUUGAAGGGGAAUUUGAGCAGCUAGAGUACCUAAGGAAAAUUCUGAAAGAUCAGCUUGGCUGAAUUGAGGCAGCAAUGAUUGCACGAGGAGCUGGACUGAGUGGCUAGAGCUUUGAGGAAUUGAGUUGAAUAUGUGUUGGUAAGCACGUAGCGAGGAAGGAUAUUACUUAUUUUCAAUGAGAUUAUAUACGGUUCUUCCUUGGUCAAAAUGAUUACAUGGUAUUUAAUUAUGGAUGAAAGUGUAUCAUGAAAAUUCCAAGUAGAUCAUUGGGUUCUGCCUACUUUUACGAAAAGAUGUUCUUCUUGCUUAUGAAGAGGAAGAAGUUUCUUGAUAUGUUGUUAAUAUGUAACAAGGAGUAAUUAAGAUGAAGUUGUGUGUGGCUUGCUCCAGAAUUUUAAUGAUAAAGUGAGGUAGAGGCUCGCAAUAAUCCUACAGUUGAAUCUUGAUCGAGGAGGACCGGAGACAUGACUCUGAAGAGUACAUAACUUUGCCUUAUUGUUACUGGGCAAAUGAUAACGUUACACUUGUCAUACAUACGACAUAAAGGAUAUAUAUUCCAGUUAAUCAUUUACAAAUACGUGAAGAAUGAUCAAUUUAAAAUAAUAAAAUAAUUUAUGUUAGGGAAGCACGGACGGGUUCAUGAUUUAUA